AGGUGAUUGUGUUGUCCACAAAGCGGGGGAGUGUGGGCCAUUCUUGUCCCGUGUAGCCAAAGAAACAAAAGGCGUAGUUGUGAAGCCUUCUUGUGAGGCAAAAAGCAGAAGGGGCAAGAUUGUGUGGAUGCGUUUUGCCAUGAAGCUUGCAGCUUUGGCAAGUGCCUUGGAGCCUGGAGUGGGGGUGAAGCUGCAAGUGCUUGAGUGCUGUCUUGUGUUGCUCAGAAGAGCAAGGACAUGUUGAAAUGGCGCAGGCUGUAUUUGAAGUCAAAUGGGCAACUUUGUGGCUGGGGAGCUGCGUGGGGCAGAAGGAGCCGGGCGUGCUGCCAGUGAGGAGCAGCUGAAGAAGAGGCAGCCUGUGGCCAGGUGGCCAAGAAGGCCAAGGGCCUGCUGGCCUGCGUCAGCAGCAGUGGGGCAGCAGGAGCAGGGCAGGCAGCGUGGCCCUGUGCUGGGCAGCGCUGCGGCCACAGCUGGAGUGCUGUGUGCAGCUGAGGGCCCCUGUGAAGCAGAAAGCCAUGCAGGGGCUGCAGCGUGUGCAGAGAAGGACACGGCAGCUGGGCAAGGCUGUGCAGCACAAGCCCAGUGAGCGGGUGCUGAGGGAGCUUGAGCCUGGCCAAUGGCAGGCUGGUGAGGGACCUUUCAGGCAGACUUCCAUCAAUCCCUCCCUGACAGUGCUCAGCACAAGGGCCGCUUCCCGACCAAAUAUGCCCUCACUGCCUCCAAGGGCUUUAGACACUGCAGUGGGUGACACUUGCAUCUUGCGGUGUUUUGGCUUGUUGUUUUGCCAGGAGAGGAAGGCCUGCUCCUUUUCUCUUUUGCCAGCAAGCAAAGAUGCUUCUGCACAAGGUUUCCUGCCUUUUCCAGCACUGGUUGAGAUUGGGAUCCAGUUGUCCUUUUCCACCUCUGCAGCAGCAACAGUAAAGGCCUUGCUGUCUCUUUCCCACUUUUCCAUUUCAGAGCUUUCUAGAACUAAAAGCUCCAUUUUGCAGAGACAACGUUGCUUGCUGAUAGCAGCCAGGCAGGAAUAUCAGCUUCACGGCCAUGUUGAAUUGGCCCAUUAGAAUGUGGUGGGUGUGACUUAGAAUCAGGUCGCUACGAAAUGGCAUGAUUUCUCCUUAGAAGAUGUGGUGGUAGAUGUGAAAAGAAAUGAGGUUCUGAAUGAUAGGUGACGGCCUGUCCCUCAUGCUUCUCUCUUGCCACAGAUGACUGAAGCAAGAGCCGCCUCUCCCCUGGCUCCCUCUGCUCCUGAAGAAGAAGCCCAAGAGGAGCAAAUUGAGGGACCAGAAAGCAAGCCUCCGUCACCGGUCACAGCAGAGCCUGAAUCUUCCGAGCCAAUGACUGAAGCAAGAGCCGCCUCUCUCCUGGCUCCCUCUGCUCCUGAAGAAGAAGCCCAAGAGGAGCAAAUUGAGGGACCAGAAAGCAAGCCUCCGUCACCGGUCACAGCAGAGCCUGAAUCUUCCGAGCCAGUCCUUCUAGAGAAAGAGCAGGAGCAGAUUGCUUCAUCAGAGAUGCCAUGCCAGACUCAGGGAGAGCUGUUCCCAGCCCGAGAGCAGGAAGAGCAGCUCAGGCAGCAGGUGGAAGAGCCCCAGCAGAAUGGCCAGAACAUCAAGGCAGAGCCACAAGCAGAGCUGCCCGAAGCUCAGAGUGCCAUCAUGGCAGUGAAGAGGAGGAACAAGGACGACAUGAGAAGAAUUCAAGAGGAGAUGGAUCUCCAUCAGCAGAGGGGCGAUCAACAAAACCAGGUAAGUGAAAGAGUGGCAGCCACUCCACUCAUGAAACAUCCUCUCCUUUCUUUUUUAGAGAACAUGAAGGAACAGUUGGACGCAGAUCUUCAGAAAGCUCACACUAGCUUCAAGGCAAGGGAGAAGAGGCUGGAGGAAGAAAUUAAGAUCGUCAGAGAGAAACUUAAUCCCCUCCCUCAGGCUCUACAAAAGCAAGUGCAAGUGUUGACAUCUCACCGUGCAGCCUGCGAAGACUACCAGCGAGUGUCUGGCCAUGAAGAGCCCCAAGACUGGCAUGAGGCACAGAUCUACACGGGCUCUGUCAACAAACCUGCUGCAGCAGCAGCAUUGUCUAAAGGAGCAUUUGCUCCCCGACUUGAGAAGUGGAGCCGGGGCCGUUUGUUCACCUCCCAUGCUGACCCAGCUGCUGCUCAGCGACAGGACAUCGAGGAUGACUCCCUGGAGCUACUGAGGAGAAUGGUGAACAAGGAAAAUCCGAUUUUGAAAUACACUGAACUGGGAAAUAUUGGCAGUGGGACUUUUGGAGAUGUUUGCAGAGCACUCGACAAUGCCACAGGAGGAGAGGUGGCCAUAAAGAAAAUAAAUCUUCAAGGACUGAGGAAGAAGGAACUAAAAGUCAAUGAACUCAUGGUCAUGAAGAUGAACAGGAAUCCCAACCUGGUCAACUAUUUAGAUAGCUACCUUCUGGGUGAGGAGCUCUGGCUGGUUAUGGAGUACAUGGACGGAGGCACUCUGAGUGAUGUCAUCAGCCAGACCCACCUGUCUGAAGAUGAGAUGGCAGCCAUCAGUCGGGAGUGCUUGCAAGGACUGGAUUUUCUUCACUCAAACCACGUGAUCUACCGAGAUGUGAAGAGCUGCAACAUCCUUCUCAGAACCGACGGCUCUGUCAAGCUGGCUGACUUUGGCCUCUUUGCUCAGCUCACCCCUGAGCAGAGUAGACGGAGCUCCGUGGCCGGCACUUCUGGGUGGAUGGCACCUGAAGUGGUGACAGGUCAACCAUAUGGCCCCAAAGUGGACAUAUGGUCAUUUGGAAUCGUGGGCAUCGAAAUGGUGGAACGAGAAGUUCCUUACAGGGCUGCAACUCCUGUUUCGGCUCAACUCCUGACAGCCAGAAGAGGGAGACCACAGCUGCGGCAGCCCCACCGAUUCUCGCCUUGCCUGUGUGACUUCCUGAGCUGCUGCCUGCAGACAGAGGUGACGUGUCGCUGGUCUGCCAAGGAGCUUCUGCAGCAUCCAUUUGUAACUUCAGCCAAGCCAGCGUGCACCCUGGCACCACUCAUCAACCGUUUGAAGAAGGAGAAGGAGGAGAAGACAAGAAUGUAUCUAUCAAGAUCUUAUCUCCAUCACUAA